GGCUGCAGCCAUGAUUCACGCCGACCCAGACGUGAGUGGGUCCGACUCAGACGAGCAGCACGAUGACGCCGUCAGGAAUCCGUCCUGCGGCCUCACUAACAGCAGCAGCAACUUCUUCAAGAGCUGCACAUGCACUUGUCUCCACUUCGCUGGGCUGGAGGAACGGCUGGUUUCCGGGCCAUUUUCAGGAACUUUUGGAGCAACUGAAUGGGAGCAGGCACUUGGCAUGGCUGAGUAGCUCAGCAGAAUCCUGCUGAUUGGUUGUAACUCAGUAGGAAGUGACAUCAACAGACGCUGUGCAGAACAACCUCCAUUAGACGAGUGGCUUGUGAAGCAGAAUUAAAGCAAAAGGAAAUAAGCACAGGUCGCACAGCUUUAAAAGCGCCAUCACUAAACUCCCAACUCCAGGAAACACGGUGGAAUUCCCUCACAGCAGCAGCGUAACUCAACGGGCUUGUCCCACACAAUGUCACAAAAAUGGAGCUUCUGGUCAUUGAACAUCACGCUUCAGCUCUCCCGGUCCUCUCUGAUUGACACGUUCGCAUCGGAGAUCGGAGAGCUGAAGAAAGAGAUGGUUCAGACGUCUCCGAGUUUGGACAAGGAGUCCGUGGACUUACCGCGGCUGGAGGGAGGUGUUUACCUGCAGCCUCGACAGUGUGUCAGCAUGGGAGGUGAAAGGGAUUCUGGGUACGACUCUUUGCGGAGGAGGAUGAGUGUUUUGGAGCGGCUGACCCAAACCCACCCGGUGUGGUUGCUGCUGGGGUUCAGCGAGGAGGAGGCCAUGCGCACACUGCUCAAACAGCCGGCCGGGGUGUUUCUGGUCAGAAAGUCGACGGCUCUGCAGAGGAAGGUCCUCUCCGUUCGUCUGGAGGGGGAUCAGUCAGAAACUCCCAUCAGCCACUUUCCAGUCAGAGAGAGACGGUUCUCUUUUUCUCUGGAGGGAUCUGGGAUCAGUUUUGCAGACUUGUUCCACCUGGUGGCCUUCUACUGCAUCAGCAGAGAUGUCCUGCCAUUUCCACUCAAACUCCCAGAAGCCAUUGCUUCGGCCAAGACGCAGAAAGAGCUGGAGGAGGUGGCUCAGCUUGGAGCAGGCUUCUGGGACUCUGCCCUGUGCAGUCAGCCACGCUCCUCCCCCCACCCCCGCCGCCCUCUGAGCCGGACCCUCAGCCCUAAGCGGACCAACAGGAACGAGGAGGUCGAAGGGUCGCGGCAGCGUCAAACCGCCACUCACAGUGACAGCGCGCCUCCCACCCUGCUGCCCCACACUCCUCCACCAUCCUCUCACGGCAAGGGGAGUUACUCCGGCGGACCCCUUUGUUUUGUUAACCCCCUUUUCCUGCAGACUCACCCCCACAGCUGGGAAGACGACCCACCUUUAGGCUCCAAACCAGAGAAAACGGCAGAAUUAAAGCCGGUGGGCAGCGGCCAGAGCGACGAGUGCCACGGGGAUCAGAACAAACUUAAAGGCAAAUCACGCCCCCCUCCUCCUCGCCCUCCACCCCCUCGCUCAAUGCUUCGUCGCCGGCCCACUCCACCUCCACCCGGGCCCGCACAGGCUACCAGCAGACCAAAAAGCAUGCCGGAAGCCGUGAUCACCAGGCCGCCGUCGUCCAACAGACGUCCAGCACCACCUCGACCAUCAACAGGUGUCAAAUCAAGCAGUCCAUCCAAAAGCAGCACCUCACCAAACCCGCGGCCUCCACGACCUCAGAAACCUGAUCUGGAAGCUCUCCGCUGCCACAUUGCUCUGGAUGAUGAGACCAUCGCCAAGGCGCUGUCCCGGGCCAACCUGCCCCGCUGCCAGCCUCCACCUGCGACUGAGAAACCAUCAGAGAUCAACUCAGAGUGUCCAGCAGGUCGCGAGAGGGGACGCCAGCGGCUCAGUGACAUGAGCAUGUCCACGUCGUCCUCUGACUCCCUGGAAUACUCUCGGUCCCCCGGGUACUCUCUGGAUCUGGCCCCAACGCCCUCCCAACUCCACCAAGACCCGGUGGAAGACAGCAGUGAAGAUGAUGCGGAUGGGGAAGAUGAGGAAGACGAGGACUACGGUGUUGGUCUGGAGGCGGACCUCGAAACUCGACUUCGUCCAGUCCUUAAAUCCCGUAGGCGCCGAGUCGGCGUGAGUCUGAGCGGGGGGUCAUUUGACCUGCCCAGGUCUCUAAAGGGACGCUUCAGUAAGGUGAGCGGGAUGCUGAGUUCCCUCAUGACCCCGGAGAAACGGACCGUCAAACGGAUCGCCGAGCUGUCCCGGGACAAGAGCUCAUACUUUGGCUCCCUGGUUCAGGACUACAUCAGCUUUGUUCAGGAGAACCGGAGCUGUCACACCUCAGGGAUGGACUUCCUGCAGACUGUCAGACAAUUUAUGACCCAGAUGAAGGCUUACCUGUGUCAGAGCUCGGAGCUCGACCCCCCCAUCGAGUCGCUCAUACCAGAAGACCAGAUCGACCGAGUUCUAGAGACAGCCAUGCACAAAUGUGUCCUGAAACCUCUGAAGAGUGUCAUUGAGGCGAUUCUGCAGGACUUCCAGGUGAGCAGCGGGGCGUUGCAGCAGCUCAGGGAGAACCUGGCUGUGGCCAAGACCAAGAGGCCUCAGGAGAUGGGCGUGGACGGCGCUGUGCCCCCCGACUCGGUGGCCAUCGAGAAAAUCCGACAGAAGUUCCUGAACAUGAGGAAGGUGUACUCACCUGAGAAGAAGGUGUCGCUGCUGCUGCGAGUGUGUAAACUCAUCUACACCAUCAUGCAGGACAACUCUGGAAGGAUGUACGGCGCCGACGACUUCCUGCCCAUGCUGACAUACGUGGUGGCGCAAUGCAACAUGCCGCAGCUGGACACGGAGAUCCAGUACAUGAUGGAGCUGCUGGACCCGUCUCUGCUCCAAGGAGAAGGUGGGUACUACCUGACCAGCGCCUAUGGGGCCAUGGCACUCAUUAAGAACUUCCAGGAAGAGCAGGCGGCCCGUGUUCUGAGCUCCGAGGCCCGGAACACGCUGCACCAGUGGCACCGCCGGCGAACCGCCCAGCGCUCGGUGCCGUCUGUGGACGACUUCCAGAACUUCCUCCGCGUGGCGCUGCAGGAGGUGGGCUCAGGCUGCACGGCUAAAACCCUGCAGGUGAAUCCCUACACCACCAUAGAGGAGGUCUGCUCGCUCUGCGCCUACAAGUUUAAGAUCCCCGACCCGGAGAACUACGCCAUGUUCCUGGUGGACGAGGACACCAGCCAGCAGCUGGCUCCGGACACACACCCCCAGCUGAUCAAGGCCGGGCUGCACAGCCGGCCGCUCGCUCACACCUUCCACUUCGUCUACAGGAGGGUGUCCAACCUGAACCUCUGCACCCCAGCCAUCAUGCAGAACGGAAACUGUCUGCCGGCGGAAUAAAGACAUCUCAUGGUUUUCUGUUGGUGCUUGUGUGUUUGUGAAGGUUGAUUUGAGGAUGUCUGAUCGUGUGGACAAACAGCAUCUUGUUGUUUUGCUUCUAAACGGAGAGCGGUUUCUGAAAGAUGGCUCCAGUUGUUUCAGCCUGACUAAGUUCGGCAGUUCCUCAUGGCUGAGGCUAAACUCCACUUUAAAUACGUUCACUUAAACGGCGGUCCUUCAGAGGCUUUCAUAGGAACGCUGUAACCCAGAGCAGUGCCCAGAUUAAACCUAGUCGUCCGUAUUUGAUAAAAACUUUUGUGAAACAUAUUUUUAUGACUACAGUUGCUGGCCAACUGUGGAUUGUUUUUUAUGUAAAGUUAUUUUUAUAUUCCCUAAAGUUACGAUGAUGUCAUCUUUGUGUACUGGACUUACUACUGGACCUAUUAAUGCCGGUCUUUUUCUGAAACCAGUUUAAAACAACUUUGUUUCUGUUUUUUGUUUUUAUCAUGAAGAAGCUCAAAGCUGGUGUUGGAAAAUAAAAAGAGUCAGACUGACA